AAGCAUCAUUCUCAUAAACUGUUCUCUUCUUUUCUCGGUACUUGUUCUCUGAGUUUUGUUUUUUUCUCUGGAGAGUGAGUUUGUUCAUUGGAGUUGGGGUUUAAGUAUGUCUCAAAGUGGCUUUUUGGGUAAGAGCACGGUAGGGUCGAUGGUUAAUGGUAAGGCGCCAAAGAGGAGGAUCAAGCUCUCCCCCUUUGACAAUUCUGCUCUGAUUGCGGGAUACUCGAAGACUCUUAUGGCCGGUGUAUGAAUCCAAGCAAGCAAGAGAUGAAGACUUUGCUCUUUAUGCUACCGCGUAUUUGGCAGCUUGAAGGAAGAGUGGCGGGAGCAGAUUUGGGACUUGGCCGGUUUCAGUUUGAUUUUGAGGCUGAGGAGGAUAUUGUGGAGGUGUUGAAGAUGGAGCCGCUGCAUUUUGAUCACUGGGUGGUCUCUCUAGUGCGUUGGGCGCCCUUGGUGGAUCCUAACUACCCUUCUACAAUAACGUUUUGGAUUCGUGUUCUUGGCGUCCCAAUAGAAUACUGGGCUGACCAAACAUUUCGGGAGAUAGGGGAAGACUUGGGCAAAGUGGAAGCGGUUGAUAUUGUUGGUGGGCGGAUUCAAGUAACAGUUGAUGGUUUCAAACCUCUUUGUUUUGAAACAGAGAUUGAGUUCGGCAAUGGGGAGGAGACUGUCAUGUUUUUUCAAUACGAAAGGUUGUUUGGUUUCUGUGAACUUUGCUUCAGCUUGUGUCACGAUAAAUCGGUCUGCGCCCUUAAUCCGGUCACAGGUUCCGGGAAACAGCUUUUAGUGGCGGAGGUGAUUACGGACAGCCUUGUUCAAAGCUACAGAGGAGCAGUUUCUCAGGUUGCAAGACAUGAACUAAAUCAAGGGGGCAAGGUUUCACAUGGGUCUAAAGGUAAGUCUAGUAUGGAAGCUGGAAAUGAUGUUAAAAAUCAGAAUCUGUCUGGUAAUAACAAGGGUGCGUUGGUUCCUCAACCUCGUCAGUUUGCAAGUUACAUUCAAUUUAAUGAGCAUCGUUUUUCAAAAGCUGGUGGGUAUGGAAGUAAGAGGCUGCAGACUCAGGGGAUGGGCAAGACACUGUCAGAAUCACAGGGACAAUCAUCCAAAGCUGCGGUGUUUUUUCAACCGAAACAAGUCCGAAAAGCUUUGUUUUCUUCACAGGAGACACAUGGUGAUGAUGCUGCGGGGACUGCUAUGGAAGUCGGGCUGGAGGAAGACUCAGGGAAGGGUAAAGAGAUUGGUUUGAAUUCGGUGGAGGUUGCGGGCCCAGCUUCUGUGGAGAAUUCAGUCACUGUGACAGAAAGUUCUUUGCCUCUAAAGAGCGGGGCUGGUUUAAUUGAAGACGGUGAUGCUGAGUUUCAAAAGGAGGUAAGCACACUUAUGUCUACUGAUGAGGUUGACGGGGAUGAUCUCAUGGAUGGUACGGUUUUAGUCUCGUCUUCUUGUCCGCUUGAUCAGUCCCAUGAUUACACAAUGGAGGACACGACUAGUGAGCAGAUGGCCGAUGAUGACGAUGUGGAGGAGUCGGAUCAUUCUGAUAUGGUGGCAGCAAAAGCUGAAGCUACGGAGGCAGAUACAGAGCGGUCUCAAAAACAGAAAGGUCCACUCCUGCUUAAGGGGGUUAGCUCUAAAAAGCGGAAUGUUCAACUUUUCACAUCACCUAGGAAGAGGAAUGCUGCAAAGGGCGGUGACCAAGGAAAGGAAGGCAAUAACCCGACGUCCCAUGGCACGGUGAAGGGAGUACCUGGUGGGGGAAAACCACCAAAACCGAAGGUUGAUAAAUGAAAGUCUUAAGCUGGAAUUGUCAAGGUCUUG